UACAUCUGUUAUGAAGCAGUAGCUGGAGCCACACUAAUUAGGAUUUAUGUUACAGCAAGAUAAAGUUUGCUUUGUUUAAAGGGACAUUCCUGAGUUUGCUGCAUUGUAUAAAGAAGAAUGAAGACUGCCAUUAUAGUAGCAGCGUGUCUCAUCGUGAGCGCCCACGCCGGCCUUCUACAUGACCUACUGUCCCCGAUAACGGCGUUCAACAAAGGAGUGUUGCAGACCGUUACACAGGUGCUACCUUACAGUCUGAUGCUCGGCAAACAGCUUCUUAAAGACACCACGUCCACCGUCCUCAAGGGCGUAGGUCAGGAGAUCACUGCGCUGGUUUCAGCACCAGUUAAGCUCCUUUUCGGAAAGCGGGAUCUCAGUCUUCUUCAUACCUUGAUGUCCAACGUGGAACACAUCACCAGCAAGAUCCAUCAGUUUGAAGAACUGCUAGAACACGAGUUCAACAACGUAGCAGCUGGAGGACACGUCGGGUCUGCCGUUCAAAGACUGGAUGAUCUUCUCGGCAAAGUGCACGGGGCGGUGCAGACAGAGAUCAAACAUAUUCUACAUUUGUGAAAUAUGAAAACUCUUAAUAUUAAAACAUCUUAAACUA